GUAUUCACCGUAGAACACAGGAAGUGAGCGGUCCACCACUGGAUGAGAGCAGCGUCACCCUGAGCACAUGUGAUGGCAUGAAAGGGUCUGGAGAAGCCGUGGAGAACGUUCUGCUGCCUGUAACGUUGCUCAUAAUGACCGGUUUGGUGGUGGGUCAGUGAUGGUGUGGGGACCAGAUCUAUGGAGGGACGCACAGACCUCUACAGGCUGGACAAUGGCAUUCUGACUGAAUCCUUAAGCCACUGUCAGACCCCACAUUGGUGCCGUGGUCCUGGUUCCUCCUGGUUCCUCCUGGUCCACAACAACGCCCAGCCUCAUGUGGUCAGAGUAUGAAGCAGCUCCUGGAGGAUGAAGGAAGCGAUACCACUGACUGAUGCUGCCUGACCUGAAUCCAGUAGAACACCUUUAGGACAUUAUGUUUUGUUGCAUCUGGUUGCUCCUCAGAACAUCUGGUCAGAGCAGCAGCCUGGUGUUGUCGGAUGGCGUCGUCAGGGAGGAACUUUAGUCCUGUUUGGUUGAUCUUUUUUGUGCCAAAUUUGAGUUUCUGUCAUGAUUUCACCUGAUUUGUGGUAGUUUUUGUCUGUUUUGUGGUACAUUUGGCCCUUUUUAUGGUGAUUUUCUGUGUUUUUUCUGUCAUAUUUGAACCCUACAGGGUAGUUUUGGCUCUUUUUUGAGUAAUUUUGUGUCUUUUUGUGGUAAUUUUGACCAUUUUUGUUGUGCUCUUCCAGCUUUUUUAGUUAGUUUAGUUGCAGUUUUUCCCAAAACUAAUAAACGAUCAUUUUCAUUUCCCUCAAACGAUGUGGAAUCUUUCCGUUGUCACAGAGGUCUAGAUGUGUCUUAAAUUCAGCUCUCUGUAGGUUGAUAAUUUUCAUUUCCCUCAAACGAUGGGGCAUCUUGUUGAUCUGGUCCACAUCAGCGUAGAUAUCCAGCCUGUUCCUUUCCUUCAUUAAAAUAUGACGUGUUUUCAAAGUGUUCCGUUCAUUGUUCUGAUCAGAGUCCUGUCCAAGAUAUUUUAUAUCCUCCAGGUCAGCAGGUGGCGCUGUCUUCUGACUCCAGAGUCCCAGAACCUGUCGCUCCCUGUGGGUCACAUGAUGCUGUGUUUUCCGGAGGGCCGUGAAGGCAGCGUGUCAGUGGGAGUGGGUGAGAGUCUGCUAGCUGCUGCUAAAAACCUUCCGCUCCUUUUCUGGCUCAAAUCUACGAACCGGACAGCGGGUCUUCAGAUUAACGGAGGUUUUAGCGGAGGUCCGGUAACCGACGGGCUGCAGGUCCGGUCCUGGUCGGUUCUACCGGUAGAGCUGAGAUGGAGAACUGACGAAGCUGCAGCUGAACGUGAAGAAACCCUGUGAUGCUGGAUGCUGUUGCUGCUCCUGAACUCUGACUGGACCAGGAUGGUGGACGUUCUUCUCCUCUUCACGCCUCCGUUCUCCUGACAGCAGCAGCAGUGAUGGGCUUCUUCAGGCUGCUGGUCAGAACCAUGGGUCGGAUCAGCACCUUCAGGUCCUACCAGUUCCUCCUGCUGCUGGCCGCCGCUCUCGCCGUCGUGGCGUUUUACUACUUCGGCUCGGAGAGGCAGAACUUCUCCAGCACCACCAAGCGGAUCAAGCAGACCCAGGCGAGCCAGAACGCCAACCGGAACGACGCCGACCUCACCCUGGACACCCGAAUGUCCGAGCCGGCCCGGUCCGAGGAGCAGGAGGGCGGAGAGCGGCGGUACCACGCCCUGAUGAUGUUCACCAAGGUGGACAAGAACCGCAGCCUGCAGGACAAGUUCAGGGUGGCCAUGCUGUCCAUGGUGGAGCAUGGAAGCUUCCUGGAAGGAGAAGUUCUGGUGCUGCACUUUGUGAGCGACCAGGCAAGCCGAGAGCUGGGAGAGAAGAUGCUGCAGGAGCUUCUGCUGGAUGCCACCUUCAAAUACGAGGUUCUGUUCCAUGACGUGGCGGUUCUGACCCAGAAGCUCUUCCCCAUCGUGGAGGCCAUGCAGAAGCAUUUCAGCGCCGGUUCUGGAGCUUAUUACAGCGACUCCAUCUUCUUCCUGUCCGUCGCCAUGCAUCGCAUCAUGCCUGACAGUCUGACUCAUAUCGUCCAGCUGGACCUGGACCUUAAAUACAGGACCAACAUCAGGGAGCUCUUCCAGGAGUUUCAGCGGUUUCCUCCCGGAGCUGUGAUCGGCAUCAGCAGGGAGAUGCAGCCGGUCUACAGACAUACGUUCUGGCAGUACCGGAAGGAGAACCCUCAGACCCGGGUGGGAGAUCCUCCUCCGGACGGCCUGCCAGGCUUCAACAGCGGCGUCAUGCUGCUGGACCUGGGGGCCAUGAGGGCCUCGGCUCUGUACAACCGGCUGCUGGAGCCCGACAACGUGGCCCAGCUGGCCGACCAGUACCGCUUCAGGGGCCACUUGGGCGACCAGGACUUCUUCACCAUGAUCGGCAUGGAGCAUCCGGAGCUCUUCUACCUGCUGGGCUGCGGCUGGAACCGACAGCUGUGCACCUGGUGGAGGGACCAUGGCUACAGAGACGUCUUCCAGAUGUACUACCGCUGUGACGGACCCGUUUACAUCUACCACGGGAACUGCAACUCCCCCAUCCCAGACGACUGAGCUCAGAAUCUGAGCUGGAGAGGAUUAGAGCUGCUCACUGGGAGUACUGGACCUGAAUGGAGACGCGUCUGAAGCUCAAAUAGAGGAGUAACAAUGGUCUGAGCCUGGACCUGCAGAGAAGAUGGACCUCCAUCAUUUCUAAUCAUCUCGCCCUGGAUUCAUAAGAGACAUUUUCAGAGGAAAAACAGUUUCAGACAUCAGUGGUUCUUCCUAAUGAGACGUUUGAUGGACCAGUUUCUGCUGUUCAACUCAGCAUCAUCAG